ACUAUUUACGUGGUCAUAUAGGGGAUUUCCCGUCACAUGCCUUCAUGUAAACAGUGCAGUCAUGAUUCUGUGGUGACUUGUGAAGGAAAGGAUAUUGUCACUAUAAUAUAAGCUACUGAGAGUGCUGUAGCUGUGUGUACUAUACACUGACCAAGAUGAGUGCUCUUCGCAAAGUUCGUGAGGUGCGCGACAAGGCUAGGGACAAAGCCAGAGAGGGCAUUAGAGUCAUCAACACACGGAAGACAAGGUCUGCCUCAGGACGUACAGGACCCCCAAUACCUGCCCCCUCCUAUCGACAGAUAAAGCAGACCAAAGCCUUCACUGAUAUUCUUGAUGACGAAUCUGCAGAUCUGUUUGGACUCGAGACGGACGCCAAGACUAACACAUUGGCUGAUGAUGGUGUGUAUGACCAACCCUCCUCCCCUAGUAGAAACUCUGAGCCUGAUAUAUUUAGCGAUAUAAAACAACCUGAAUCUGGGCUUCACUUUCAAGAUGAUUUGUUUGUUGAUAAUUUCGAUGACCAUUCUUCUUCUGAUACACGGAACAUUAGUGAAGACCUCUUUAGUGAUGAUCUCAUAAACACAGAUGAAACGUUGAUUGUAGACCCCCCACAGUCCAUUGCGGCUGAUUCAGAGGAAGUUGUAGAUGGUGGUAAUCUCCCUGGGGGGUCUCCUCCGAGUAGCAGCUGUCCAUUACCUCCCACCGAGGAUGACAUCACUCUAGAGCACCAGAGAGAGUUGGAACUGAACACAGUUACCGAGGUGGAGAGUACAAAACAAGAGAAUGUACUUGCAACAGAUGAACAUGUUGAAACAAUAUCGAUCAAUCAUGUGGAAGAGAAACCUGAGCUCAACAGUGAAGAGGAUUCAACAUAUACUGACCCUCUUGAAGACACUCCAACAGUACAUGUACCUACUGUUGAUAGCUCACCAGAUCCCAAGCAAUCACAAGAGCCCAGCUUGGACCGUGACGAGUUGUUCCCUGACGACCCCCCCACAGAGGACCACCCCCUGCUACACAGACCCCACCCUCCAGUCAACACACAACGACUGGGAUCCCCUGUCUCCCUGAGCUCUAGUCUGGAGGAUGACACCUCUCACCUUGGCCUCAGGGACAAGAGAGGUAGAUCAGUUGAGCGUGGUUCUGAUGAAGAGGCCACCAGCACAGCUGCUAUUCUGGAGGAGCUACUCUCUCCCAAAGCUCCAAGCAACACUCACGUAUCCACACCCACACACCCACUACAUGUAUCGAGCAGCUCAAGCCCAUCCAAACAUUUGGACAGUGGAGUAUACGACAGUGACAGGGGAGCAAGCGAGGAAAGAUUUGAAAUUCGAGACGAUUAUUUCAGUAAAGAGACCCCCCACAAAGCACCCAUCAAGAAGAAUAGUGCCGGGAGAUUGCCGCCUACUAGACCCCCACUAUCUCCAAGCAUACGUCGGAAACUAGAGGAGAAACCCUCCAAGAAAGAACGAUUGCCAGCGGAUGACCUUUUUAUUAAUGACUUUGUAGUUGUUCGUCAACCUACUACUUCUAAACGCAGUGUGUCACUCUCUCCACAACCAGCCAGGAAACAGUAUCAGCACAUCACACAGCAAGUGCUGACACAACCACCAGUGCUGACACAGCAACAGGAGUCUAAACCAAAGGAUGUUGUGGUUACACACACACAACCAAAAGGACGUGAUCGUCAUGUAAUUGAAGAGCCCCACCUCACCCUGCCCUACCAUCUUGUGCUGUCCAUUGCCCUCUACUUGUACUAUACGUUCAACCCGUGGGCAUAUCUCUCCGGACUAUUUACCGGUUUUCUGCUCGUGUAUUUGUUAGUGGGGACUUUGUUUGUGGUGUAUGUGGACACGCAGGAACAGGAGAAGGAGGAGAGUAAGGAGGAAAAAAUGAUAAGGCCGUCGAAGGAUUUCCUCAGACGACUGAACACAGACUUCAGCAAAGUCAGCAAUUAUCAGAGUUCAGAGUUCACGGCCACUCUCAAGUACGACCCCACCACCCACCAUCCUCGACAAAGAAUGAAAGCUACUGUUAAACUGGAAAAUGAUUUCUUCCUCUCAGUGAAGAUUGUCCAAGAUCCUGACCACGCCCGACCUUUCCGCUCUAGAGACGACUUACGAGGAUGUACGGUAACAAACGUACCAGAGGAGGUAGCAAAGAACCGAAAGAGGCGUUGGAACAAGAAAUUUCCAAUCUGCAUAACACAAAAGUCAAACAAUUUCAAAGUAUUUCUCUUCGUUUCCACCUCUCGUGAAAAAGAGGAUUGGUUUCGAAGACUACGUAAAGCUGCCGAUGGCUGUACCUCGGAACAUGUAAUUAAAGACCUCGAGGAAUUCUUUGGCUAUAUGGAGAAUUAUUUCCCAUCCACCUCACAAAAACUUCGCACAAAACGACCACAACGACCACUCCCUCCAAAUACAAAGACAGCUAAGAAACAAAUGGCCAGUCACGGAAAUCGUAUCCACUUCUCUUCUCGAGACACUGAGGACAGUUUAGUGGAGGAGGAGGGCAAAGAAAUGAUUAGCAUUACACGAGAGUCGGGUCCAACGGUAUCACGCCACUCACGCAUUCACACCUCCACAUCAAGCACUCCUUCCACAAGUGGCGACCAACAGAGCUACACAAGCCCACCAUCACAAGACCGUGACACUGUUGUGUCUCUGCCCAGAGCUAGUGAUACCCUCUGGCUGAAUGCUGUGGCCGCUAGACUAUGCUGGGACAUUUGGCACGAUCAUAGAUGGAAGGAUUGGGUCCGUUCGCGUAUUCAGAAGAUGCUAGCUCGUGUGAAGACUCCUUCCUUCAUGGAGAAGCUUACGCUUACAGAUGUGGACCUUGGUAAGGAUAUGCCGGUAGUGAAGAGGUUGUGUGGAGGGCCUAAUCUUGACCUGAGAGGCCUGUGGGUGUACCUGGACGUGACGUACGAAGGUUGCUUUGUGAUGACGAUUACGACCAAGCUCAAACUGGGCAAAACAGAAGAGAAGGAGGAGCAAGGACAGCAGAUGCGCGUCAUCAAGAGCAAGGGGACAAGCCUCCCAGUGCCCUCCCCCCACACCAAGUAUCCACUACGAUCUGGCCGCAGUCACUCGAGUGCAGCGAAGGCACUAGGCUCAUCAAUGGAUCCUUAUGAUGACAAUGAUGAGAUUGACAGUGGGUCCAGUGAUGAGGAGACCGACAGUGCCGCCUUGAGAAAGGCUAUCGCAGCAGAGUUGGAAGCUGUGGAGACCCCCCACGAAGAUCACAGCUCUAGGAAAGAAAGGCUCAAGUCGGCAGUCAAGAAGAUAGGACUCAGUGUUGGCAAGAAAGUGGUCCAAAGUGGAAUUGUUCAAAAGGCGUUUGAGAAGGCGUCCAGUUAUCCCCUAGUGCUCACCGUGGUCGUCAACAGACUGGACGGAGUGUUGGCCGUCAACAUCCCCCCACCAACCACGGAUAUCGUAUGGUUUGGCUUCACUGAGAGUCCUAGUCUAGUGCUGUCAGCCAAACCCAAGCUGGGUCACAGAGAGGUCAAAAUGACAAAGGUUACUCAAUGGAUCGAGAAUAAACUACGAGAGGUCGUCAAAAAAAAGUUGGUUCUCCCUGAGAUGGAGGAUGUGUGUAUCAAGGUGCUCAAUUCUGGAAUGCCUGAGGACGUUCAAAAAGUACUAGUUGACGAAGACAAGAAAUAGUCGUAUGAUUGACAGUAAUUUAGUUUUGUGUGUGUGUGUGUUUUUAUCUCAAGCCUGUGAUACAUGUCAUGUGACCUCAUUCUAAAUUAAUAAUUAAUUAUCAGAUUCUGUUGUGUUGUCUGUUUAAUUUUAGAUUUCAUAUUUAUAAUUAUAAUUAUAAUUAAGGUGUGUAUACACAAUAAAGAUUAUUUUAACAACACAA